AUGGACUCUCCUAUGGAGCUGACAGUCCACCACCAUGGCACACCCCACAUAAUCCAAGUCUCAUCCUCGGCAACACUACAAGACCUCUCCACAGAGCUCGAGCGCAUCCUAAACAUCCCAAGCGCCAACCAAAAGCUCCUCCUAGCCCCCAAGCCCGGAAUGCAAAAGGCGCCCUUCCCACCAACCCGGCUAGACGCACUGCUGCAACGCUCCUCCCCCAAAUUCAAAAUCACCCUCCUCGGCACCCCGGCCAAAGCAAUCGCCGAUCUCCACGAACAAUCCGCCAACGAACAGCGCCGACAAGAAUCCCGAGCCACAGCCCUCGCCGCAGCAAGACGAAAGCAACAAAAACCAUCAUCGACCCGCAGCGGCGGUAUCCACACCCUCUCCUCCUCAAGCAACAACUACACCUUCCACCGCCUCCUGCCACUAUCGUACCUCCCCAACCCAGACCGCUCCCUCGACUUCCUCAAACGCCUUCGCGAUGACCCCGGCAUCCGCGCCGCAAUGGCUAAACACAAGUUCUCCGUCCCGCUCUUGACGGAAAUGAACCCGGCGGAGCAUACGACCAGCGAGUCGCGCACGCUAGGUCUGAACCGGAAUAAGGGCGAGGUUAUCGAGUUAAGGCUAAGGACGGAUGCUUAUGAUGGGUAUCGUGAUUAUAGGACUAUAAGGAAGACGUUGUGUCAUGAGCUGGCGCAUUGUGUGUUUGGGCCUCAUGAUCGGGACUUUUGGGAUUUGACGGCGCAGAUUGAGAAGGAGGUUGAGCGCGCGGAUUGGAAGUCUGGGGGGAAUCAGUUGUCUAGCCAGGAGUUUUAUAAUCCGGGGGAUUGGGACUCGCAGAGGGGGGAGGAGUUUGUUGAUGAGUGUGGGUGGACUGGAGGGGAGUUUGUCCUUGGUGGAUUGCAGGGCGAGAGUGGAAGUGGAGGUGCGGGUUCUUCUGAUGGGACGUUGUCGAGAAGAGAGAUUAUGGCGCGUGCUGCGGAGGAGAGGAUGAAGAGGGAGAGUCAGGCUGGGAAGCAGGAUGAUGCUGCGUGA